AUGAAGGUCAAAGUGCUACUUCAAGCAGCUGCUGUUAUCAUACUUGUAUUGAGUGUUAAGAUCUCAAGUCAAUGUGCGGAGCAAUUGCAACGGUGCGCCAUAAUUACAGAAGAAUAUGAACGUCUCAUACAAGAAAGCAAACGUUCUGCAUUCCGGAAUUGCUUCACUAAACAAAUAUGUAAUUAUGAACUGGCAUUGUUCGAGCGUUGUUUUGAACGGUCGGUGCGCGCAGUUCGAGCUUCAUUCAACAGAGAGACUCUGAGAUCCGACAAUUUCGUCGACUCAGCAGAUCGAUAUUUAUUUGCUUUAGAAAGCUGUUUUGACACUACUCAAGAGUCGACACAAUUUUUGGAUUUCAAACCUACUUUAAUUGAUGAAGAUGCCAUUUACGCUCGUACCAUUUAUAGCGUAGAAUUUGCUGAUCAUCUGUGGGGAUUACCUCAGCUGGUUCCAACGUAUCCAUACCUCGAAAACUCGGCUACAUUGGCUUGCUUAAUCAGGGAGAAAACAGGACGUAUAUUUGGCAACGGUAUUAAUAGGUUCAUCGAUUCAGCGGAUUUUAAAUUAAAUAAUGCAAAUGAUUCUUGCCUUCUGGAAGGAAAUGAAAUACAGUGUUAUCAUCGGCACCUUAGUAACGAUAGAUUUUACCAGGAGCUACUGAUUGACAGAGAUCGUGUUAUUAGAUCGUGCAUUCGCAGUGUUCGUUUGCAAACACAAUGCCACUCGACUGAUGUUUCUCGACUUCGGGCUUGCCUUUGUAGCGCCCGUGAAGAGUUUGAGAAUCGUAUCCAAGCUUCUAUAUUACAAUGUGUUCGACAAAGUCAUUCGGAUCAUCUAUAUCACGAAAGCCAAGAGACACAGCGGCAACAAAAUGAACGCUUCAAUAAGCCUAUGCCGAAUACCGGAACAGUAUGGAAUAGUCAGUGUCUCUGCGCUUGUCCAUAUAACUAUGUGAAUUUUAUCGAUCAGGCAAAACUGAAGCAUCAGAUACAUAAAGAUGCCAUAGACGGUCAAGAAUUUACCAGUCAAGGACAAACAAUGUAUCCCCAACAACGAACUUAUCGGAGCUAUUACGAUGACCAUGUGUUAAAUUUGAAGGAAAGACGAUCGAUGACAGCUGACAAAGAAAUAAAAUACCGACUUUAG